UUGACAACGUUUCUCCAUGUCAGUUUAAAACUGCACGGUUCAAGACAGCGAAUAAUAAUGAUGUAAUGGCCAGCGAGGUCCCUCAUGUGACGCCUUGAACGUGAUGACGACAUCUACAACGCAGGACGAGACGUAUUUGGCUGCGUGUGCACCGGGUUUAUCUGGCAGGAUAUGUGUCAUUUCAGUUACUGGUUUUAUGAUUCAAACUUAAUGAUUAACCACAUCAAACAUUCGAGUCAUUUCCCGUAUUUAUACUUUUGAAUUCACUAACAAACCGGCAGAUCGCUAUCAUGGAGAUAGUUAGAUUUUUACAAAACAAGCUUGCGUUGUACACCAGUCCAACUGGGGGCAGUCACGAAUCUGGAAAUGAUAAAUGUUUGCAAUCGGCAAGAAGAAGAGGAAGACGAAGAGGAAGGCCGUACGAGUUGAGAAGUUUGGUUUGACAGCAGACAUUAAGUUUCAGUGUUUUUGUGCGAGUCUGUCUCUGUGUACAUCAUGUCUAAGUUGAUGAGAGCCAUUCGCGUGAGCGAGUUCGGUGCCCCGUCUGUCCUCAAACUUCGCUCCGACGUGGAGGUUCCGCAGCCUGGACUCAAACAGGUUUUGAUACGUGUCCGUGCUUGUGGUGUCAACCCAGUGGAAACGUACCUCCGUAGUGGAACAUUUUAUCUGAAGCCCAACCUGCCUUACACACCAGGCACUGAUGUCGCUGGAGUGGUGGAGUCUGUUGGAGCAGACGUGGCUUCAGUUAAGGUGGGAGAUCGUGUUUUCACCUCAUCGACAGUCUCUGGAGGUUACGCCGAGUUCACUGUUGCAACAGAUGACUGUGUGCACAAGCUGCCUGACACGAUGGACUUCAGUCAGGGAGCCGCCAUCGGGAUUCCGUACUUCACCGCAUACAGAGCUUUGGUUCAGAAAGCUCACAUCAAACCCGGGGAGAGUGUCCUGGUCCACGGAGCCAGUGGAGGGGUGGGUGUGGCAGCCUGCCAGCUGUCCCGUGCUCUCGGCCUGCGGGUCCUGGGAACAGCAGGGACCGAUGAGGGAAUGAAGCUGGUUUUGAACAACGGCGCUCAUCUGGUUUUUAAUCACAGAGAGGAAGGCUACAUUGAAAAGAUCAUGAACGCCACAGACGGCAAUGGGGUGGAUGUUAUCGUAGAGAUGCUUUCAAACGUCAACCUCAGCAAUGACCUUCACAUGCUCAGCAAUGGAGGACGAGUUUUGGUCGUGGGCUGCAGAGGUUCCAUAGAGAUCGACCCCAGAGACACCAUGGCUAAAGAGAAGAGCAUCAUCGGAGUCUCACUUUACAAUGCCACUGCGGAGGAGAUGAAGGAGUCGGCUGCUCUCUUCUUCGCUGGGAUGGAGGGGGGUUGGCUGCGACCAGUGGUGGGGAGCCAGUAUCCACUGGACAAAGCUGCUCAGGCCCACCAUGACAUCAUCGAGUGUCCUGGAGCCGCUGGAAAGAUGGUGCUGACCAUCUGAUCAUAUGACGCCAAAUAAAGAGGACAAGAAUACAUGAGAUCAUACAAAGGAAAAUACAUGUGUAUUAAAAGUAAUUUGAAAUGAAAACAUACGUGAUUCAAACAAUUCCAAAUAAUGGAAAUAAAGGAAUAACAGCCAGAAAGAGAACUCAAGUUUUUAUAUUAAGACAAAU